AUGCUGUCGUCCACGCUCUUCGCCCUCUCCGCCGCCCUGCUCGCGGGCCUCGCCAACGCGGCACCGUACAGCAAGCCGCACGAGCUCGUCGUCUGGCGGCCCAAGAUCAUCUACCCCGUCGGCGAGAUCGACUGGCAGGUGGGUGAGCCGGCGAAUGUUACUUGGGACACGUCGGACAUGCCACCCAACGUGACCAACCUGAACGGCACCAUCCUGCUGGGCCACCCGGAUGAGGAGAGCGAGCAUCUCAACUCCACCCACCCGCUCGCCAAGGGCUUCUCGCUCAAGGACGGUGUCGUCUUCUUCACCGUCCCAGAAGUGGAGGAGCGCUGGGAUUACGUCGUCGCGCUCCUCGGCGACUCUGGCAAUCUCUCCCCGACGUUCCAUAUCUACAGCCCCAUGGCCGACGAGCAAGCCGACCCCGCGGAGGAUACCGCGUACGAGGAGUAA